GAAAAAUCUUUAAAUCUUGCAAUAAAUGCUGGCGGUGGCAUUUAUAUAGUGCGGGAUCUUCCUGGGAGUCUCGGUUUCACUUUUUCUCGCAAUCAUCAACUUCCCUGCCGAAGUUCGCCAUUACACCCAACCCAUCAUGGCCACCUCACCCACUCUCGAGUCUCAGCAUGUGGAGGAGAAAAGAAUAUGGUACCGCGGCACACUAUUCAACGCCUUUGUUAUUGGUGCAGUUGGAUUUCUGGCACCUGGACUAUGGAAUGCGAUGUCUUCUCUCGGAGCUGGUGGAGCUGAAAGUCCUUUCCUCGUCAAUGCAGCCAAUGCGCUGGUUUUUGGAUUGAUGGGUAUAUUCUGUCUUCUUGGAGGCCCGAUCGCGAAUCGCAUUGGUUUGAACUGGACUUUAUUUCUUGGAGCAGCUGGAUAUCCCGUGUAUGCUGCUGGACUAUAUACUAAUAACCGGUUUGGUAAUGUUUGGUUGGUUUUGGUCGGAGCUGUGUUCUGUGGUGUCUCAGCUGGUCUUUUCUGGGCUUCUGAAGGAGCUGUGGCAUUGGGAUACCCUGAGCCCUCUAAGAGAGGUCGAUACAUGAAUAUUUGGCUUAUAUUUCGAACUGGAGGGCCCCUUGUCGGUGGCGCUAUUGUAUUGGCGCUGAAUCAUGCUGCUACCCAGAAAACUAAAGGAAAGGUUGGACCAAAAAUAUAUUUGAUCUUCAUCGCACUCCAAGGCAUCGCUGCACCAAUCGCGCUUUUGCUCACGAAGCCAGAGAAAGUCCAACGAUCUGAUGGAAGCAGAGUCAAGAUCGUCCAUGAGACUUCAUUUGCAGCCGAACUCCGAGCCCUGGGAAGAGCUGUGUCAAGACGUGAUAUCAUCUUACUGCUCCCAGUAUUCUGGGCAGCUUACUUCAACCAAUAUCUGGGGAAUUUCGAGGUGUACUACUUUGGUGUGCGGGCCCGAGCUUUGAUUGGUUUUGUUGGAAACUUCGCAAGCUUGCUAUCUUCUCAGCUUAUAAGUUUAUUGCUUGAUUAUAAAGGAUUUGCCGUGAAGAAGAGGAUCCAGAUAGGGUUCUACUACGUUAUCUUCUUGCAUCUGGUAGCAUGGAUAUAUGCGUGGGUUGUUCAAUCAAAGUUCGCUCGCGAAGAUCCAGACUUAGAUUGGACCAGCAAGAACUUCACUCUUGGAUUCUUCGUGAUUUUGCUCUGGUAUUUCUCCCAACAAGCCCUCCAAAACUGGCUUUACUACUUCGUCUCUACAAAAACAGACAAUAUUUCCGAACUGUCGCGCUUUACCGGCAUUUUGCGCGGUCAAGAAAGUUUCGCUCAAGCCGUUUCGUUCGGCAUCAACACUCGUGAUUGGUAUGGUGGACGAGUACCCCUGGCUGUGAAUACUAUAUUGCUCGGACUUGCGGUUGUUCCAACCUGGCUUGCAGUAAAAGAACAUACACCUGUUGAGAUUGAGAAGAAAUAUGGGAGUGAGGAAGAUUAUGUGGAGACAACAAGUGAAGUGUUAGGUGGAGAUGCCAGAAGUAAGCUUGUUGUUGUGAAAAGUAAUGCCCACUGAAGGGUCAUUGAGGUAAUCACUACGAUAGCACUCGGUCCUAAGAAAAUUGGUCAAUUUGUAUAAUCAAUAGAAAUUGGUAUGUCUAGCUUACGUAGAG